AGAACAGUGAUGAUUAUUUAAAUGUUUCUAUAAUGUUUUUGUAAGAGCCUGCUGUCUUUGACGCAAGUGAAUGCAAAAGAUUGCAGCUGUUCCACCCCUUUCUCUCUCUCUCUGCCCUCCUCCCCCCUCCUCUAUCUAUCUCUCCCCUCCUCUCCCUUUUUUUCUCUUUCUCUCCAGCCUUUCAAAGAAUUUCAUUUGAAUGAAAAUCCAGUCUGAUGUCUGUGUUUUGUUGUUCGUGGGGGGAGGGGUGUAAUUGGUCAGAAUCCCUUCUGACAACGACCAAUGACUGCGCAGCUCCCCCAGCCCCCACCCCGCCCCCCCGACCUGCUGGGGCUGGCAGGCUGCCGUGUGAUUGGCUGGCGGGGGCUGGAGAGUGUGCUGGGGGCGUGGCCGGGCGGCAUACUAAAGCCUUCUCUCCGUCUGCUCCACUUCACUGCUCUCCCGUCCUCCGCCGGAGAGAGAGAGAGAGAGAGAGUUGUGUCUGUGCUGUUAUCUCCCGUCCUCGAGAGAGAGAGAGAGUUAGAGAGAGAGUUGUGUCUGUGUGUGUGACCAGAUCUCUCCCUACCUCCAGGACUAACCCAGGACUAACCCAGUUCUGGACCAGGACCUUAAGAGGAGCAGCUGUCUGUCUGGAUCUGGGACACGCAGACUUACUGACGAAGCAGGAAGAGACUGGAUCAUCUGUUGUCUGUCUUUCUGGAGGUCUGUUUCUGCCCCCAGUCAGACCCACCUCCGCCCCCGCUGAACCCAGACUCUGGUGCCUGUUCCUGGGUCAACGCUCCAGGGUUCAGCCCCUAUCUGGGUCUCCCCCGGGGGUCACACACACAGAGAGCGAGCUGGUGUGGAAUUUGACCCUGGCUGGUCAGCGAGCAGGCUUUCAGUGAUCCAGACAGAGAGAAGGAGGGAGGAGAAGAGGAGAAUAGGAAGCAGGAGCAGUUUAACCGCCCCUGCAGCAUGCCCGUGGAGACCCUGCGGCCCCAUGACUCCCGUCUCCCCGGGGGCCCCUUCACCCCCGCCAUGUCCUUCCGCCUCCUCAACAAGGGCCCGGACUACUUCCGGCUGCGCGUGGUCCCGGGGCCGCGGCUGAGCGCGGUGGAGCGUCUGGAGGCCGACAAGGCCAAGUACGUCAAGAGCCAGCAGGUGGCGCUCACCAGGCAGGCGCCCGUCAAGCCGCCAAUCAUCCGCAAGCCCCUCCUCUCCUCCGGGAUGGUGAUGCAGUGCCGCGUCAGCACGCCGCCGGCCAGGAGGUUUCCGAGGCGACCGGGGGACGCAGAGCAGGGGGGCGGGAUGGGGGGAGGGAUGGGGGGAGGGAUGGGGGGCGGGAUGGGGGGCGGGAUGGGGGGAGGGGGGGGACCCCCUCUGAACCUGGAGAUUCUGAAUAACUUGAUCAAUAACGUGUGUGAGGCUCCUCUGUCCUCCCCCUCGUCCUCCGCCACCUCCCCAGACCCCUCCUCCUCCUCCGCCACCUACCCAGACCCCUCCUCCUCCUCCGCCACCUCCCCCUCCUCGGGGGCCAAGAGCAUCGGCAGCAGCCUGUCAGCCGAGCAGGAGAGGAGCGGACGCACCUCCUCCUGCACCUCCUCCUCCCCCCUCCCCCCCCCCAGCCAGGCGCAUCCAGAGCCCCCUGCCCGCUGCCCGCCCCCUGUCCCAGCCAGGGGCCUCCGCCCCGGGCCCCCUGCCCCCUACAGCGCCCCCAACUCGGUCACGGUGCGCAGGGUGGAUGUCCGACCCCAUGAGGUGAGGAAACCACUGAGGCCUCCUCUUCUACCCAAGCCCCAGCCUCAACAUCAGCCCCAGCCUCAACACCAGCCUCAGCCCAAACACCAGCCCCUGAUCAAGCCUCGACAGAUAGCCCAGCCCCAGGCCCCCCCUCCCCCGCCGCCCCCCUCCCACCCCCCCAUCCAAGCCCCCCCUCCCUACCCGCCCCCCAGCCCCAGGCUGCCCCCGGCCUCCCCGGCCUUCACUCGCCUGUCUUCCAGCAGCUCCAGGGGGUCCCGCAAGCACCCCUCCCUGCACCGCUCCAAGUCGGACCUGAGCGACCGCUACUCUCGCGCCACCGCCGACCUCGAGCGCUUCUUCAACUACUGUGGUCUGGACCCCCGCGACUUGGACGGGGGCGAGGGGGGGCCCGGGGGGCGCCUCGCCAGGGCCGCCUCCGACAUCAUCUCCGUCUCCAAGAUGCGCAGCGUGUCCACGCCCAGCUCGGAGUACGGGGAGCGCCGGAGGGAGGAGGAGGAGGAGGAGGAGGAGGGAAUGCCCAGGGCCAGCGAGCGCGUGCCGUACGGGAUAUCGGUGAUCGAGAGGAACGCUCGCGUCAUCAAGUGGCUGUAUGGCAUCAGGCAGGCACGGGACUCCGCCCCCGAGACUAGAGACUCCGCCCCCCUGGCUAGGGACUCCGCCCCCCAGGCUAGGGACUGUACAGGCAUCUCCAAUGUUUAGCAGCCAUUGGCUCAACUCCUGGCCCCCAAUAAGGGCGGGAAUAAUGACACUCAGAGGGACAAAGGGGGAGGGGCUAGUUUGCAAGCCACACCCCCUCCGUGUGGAGAAUAAUAUUUAUUGUUCGAUCCUCGAGGCCAUUUGAAGGGGUCUAUGUUUUUGUAGUUUUUUUUCUGUGUGUGCUACGAAUGUGUGUUCAUGAAUGUGUUUGGUUAAUGAAUGGCUGCAGGUCAGAGACUGCUUCCCUCUUGGACAAGAAGAAGAAUCAUCAGGAGGGUCCCUCCUCCCUCCUCCCUCCUCCUUUGUAAAGACUAGAAGAGAUAUACAGUUAUACAGAUCUAUAUAUCUAUAUAACAGUUGUAACGAGCAAUAAUGUGGAUGAUGAUGAUCAGGAGGAUGUAGAUGUUGACAGGUACUGUGUGUGUGCGUGUGCGUGUGCGUGUGCGUGUGCGUGUGUGUGUGCGUGUGCGUGUGCGUGUGUGUGGAGCUGGGUUCAUCUCUGUCAGUGUAGAGAUAAAGAGGCAAUAAAGACUUGUGUAGAGAAA